GGAAGUUCUGUUAAGAUUUAACCUGAAGAUUUAACAUCUGCUUCCUAUUAAAAAGCAGUGUUUUCCUAUGAAAAGUGAUCCAGGUUGUGCAGAUUUGCCAUGUAUGAUUCUAUGUAUAUAUUCAAUGAUGAUUCUGAAGAUGAAAUCCCUACCCAACAAGCUAUUCAGGAAAGCUUACAAGAUAGGCAUAAAAUUGAACCAAGUGGCAGCACAACAGAGGAAAAAAGCUUCCAGUAUGUUACAAGUAAAGAACAUGACAAGAUAAUUGCAGCAAUUCGCACAGGCCAAGAGGAGGCCUUGAUGAAGUUGGUAAGGCACAGUUCUGCUUUUGAAGAAGCAGAUCAGCAAGGCUGGCUUCCAGUGCAUGAAGCUGCAGCACAGCUAAAUAAGAAUAUCCUUGAAAUCACUUUUAAAGCCUCCUGUGCUGUUACAUGGGAACAGACCACUCUAAAAGGGGAAACACCUCUAUUGGUGGCAGUAAGAAAGUGCUUUGUAGAAAAUGUCCGCUUUCUCCUGCUCAUUGGCUGCAACCCCAAUGUUAAGAAUGAAGAGGGAGAUUCUCCUUUAGUUAUAGCAAUUAAACAUGAUUCGUAUGAGAUUGCCUCCUUGUUGAUAAAUUCUGGUGCAAAAGUGGACUUGCAGUGUCUCCACAAGAGGACUGCUUUACAUGAGGCAGCCAGAAUAGGCAGGAAGGAUCUAGUAAAGCUUCUCCUUCGUUCUGGAGCAGACCCUGACCCUCGUAGUGGAUAUGGGCUCACACCUCUUGCACUGGCUGCAAGGGCUGGCCAUACAGAAAUUAUGGAGCUCUUACUGCAAAAAGGUGCAGAUGUUCUUUCACAGGCAAUGGAUUGUGCUUCUGUGUUAUUUGAAGCAGCAGGAGGAGGAAAUCCAGAUUCUCUGAAUCUUUUACUGGAAUAUGGGGCUGAUGCCAAUGUACCAAAGCACUCAGGUCAUUUGCCAAUCCACAGAGCUGCAUACAGAGGACACUUUCUAGCCUUAAAAAUACUAGUUCCAGUUACUAAUUUUGAGGCCAUUAAAGAAAGUGGGAUAAGUCCAGUUCACUCAGCAGCAGCAGGAGGACAUCCUCAGUGCCUUGAGUUUCUUCUAAAAUCUGGUUUUGAUGCCAAUUUUAUGCUGGAUCAGAGAGUUCGCAAAGGCUACGAUGACCACCGGAAAACUGCAUUGUACUUUGCUGUUUCCAACGGGGAUAUCCACUCAACACAGUUGCUGUUGAAUGCUGGAGCCCUCACAAACCAAGAUCCCAUCAACUGUCUCCAAAUAGCCUUGAGGAUGGGCAGCUAUGAGUUAAUGAAUCUACUGCUCCGACAUGGGGCAAAUGUCAACUACUUCUGCAGAGUGAAUACAACACAUUUUCCAUCAGCUCUGCAGUAUGCUCUGAAAGAUGAAGUCAUGUUAAGAAUGCUGAUGAACUAUGGGUAUGAUGUGCACCGCUGCUUUGACUGCCCUCAGGGAAGUGCUUCACAUUCCCAGUACGUGACUGAUGGAUGGACUUCGACUGUUAUCAAAGAUACAACGUUCUGUGAAGUGAUAACCUUGUCAUGGCUGAAGCAUUUGUCCGGGAAAGUAGUGCGAGUAAUGUUAGAUUACGUCGAUCAUGUUCAUAUCUGCUGGAAGCUAGAAGCAGUUCUCAAAGAACAGGAACUCUGGCCAGACAUCAAUUUGAUUUUAACAAAUCCUCGCUCUCUUAAGCAUCUUUGUCGUCUGAAGAUACGGAUGUGCAUGGGCCGGUUGCGCCUCCGUUGUCCGGUCUUCAUGACCUUCCUUCCACUGCCAAACUGCUUGAAAGACUAUGUACUAUACAAGGAAUAUGACCUUUAUGGACAGGAAGAUUUCACAGGCACCUAUCACCUCAAAUGUACAUAAGUAUUAGUUCUAUAGUUUGAAGGGCAUAUUGGCAUGAAUAAGACUUUUUUCUGCUGGGAUUUAUAUAUAUUAAAGAAUACCAGCAUUCCCCUUCACCCCCUGAAGAAAAUAGGGAGAACCCCAAAAUGUAAGUAUUAGUGAUCACGUUCUACCUAUCUACUGGAAUAUAAACUAUCUGUAAACUACAGCAAUAGUAUUUCAAAUGCUUAGUGGGACAAGUUAAGGAACUGCAAAACACAAGCCUUUGUUACUGCUAAGUUAAAGCCUGUCAUGACAGGUAACAGUACCCCUACUGCAGGGUUAAACUCAAGGUUUAGUUUAAGGUCAGCCAUCUAACAAUAGUGUUUUUGUUUCUCUUGUCCUUCCCUUUCUCUUGCCAAGAAGUAAGUUUUUAUAUGUUCUACAAUUUUUAUUUUGAAGUCCUACAGUGAAGUUCUGCAGAGCAUCUUAUGUUGCAGUUUUCUUUCCCCCCUCACUCCAUGAAGCAAUCCCACAUUCUAAGCAGUGAAAUGGGAUUAACAGCCAUAGAAACCUCUGCUUAGCAGCAGCUAGCGCAAAAUACCAAUGGUACAGCAAGUAGGCACUAUUUCUGUCAGCUGUGUUAGUUCUGCACCUAAGUCUCUGGUACAAAUAUGUAUUGUCCACCCUGUAUUUUGAUUGCUCUUGCUAGAACUAGGUUUUCCUCCUGCAGUGCUGGCUAAAGGCAUGCUUGCAAUUUUAGGAGUUUCUCUUCAUGCAGUUGGAGUGUAGGCUUUUGGAGCACUACCUGUCAGCAGUCACAGUUGUCUUAGGAAGGCUUACAGUGUACACACAGACACAGAGCCUGUUCUUCCUAAAAAUACUGCUGUCAGUCUGUAUUUUAGAAAAAAGACAGUUUAUCAACACACUUGGCAUGAGU